CUCACCAUCACAUGGCACAUGACAGUAGUUGUGUUGGGCACACAGCACCAGCUUUCUGAGUACCCCUAGAAUCUGCCACCCCCCAGGUGGGGUCGCGGGGGCGAAAGUAACAUCAGAACGGCAAAGGUGCCUAACAGUGGUAGCAUCACCAUUUACUCAAGGGCCGAGGCGACCUAUACUCAGGAUGUUUUCAAGGAAGAAGCGGGAGCUGAUGAAAACUCCGUCCUUAUCAAAGAAAAGCAGAGCAGGAAGCCCAGCACCACAAAGCGAGGCUCCACGAAAAGAUGUAAUUGAUUCCUCUAUUGAAGGAGCCAGUAACCCUCCACUCAGCAGCCCUCUCCCAACUGGAACCCUAAAGAGGCCCACAAGUUUAAGUCGUCAUGCUAGUGCUGCAGGAAUCCCCUUUUCUUCUCCAAGAGGCAAAGCCUGUAAACCAGCAGGAGCCCCAAGCCCUCCUGAAAGUGGAGAAGGAUUCUUCAUUGAAGUAGAGGAUAUCUCACAGCUUCUUGGAGAUGUAGCAAGGUUUGCUGAGAGGCUUGAAAAGCUACGGGAUGUGGUACUGACAGACGAGGUGAAAGAGACCCGGCGGCCACUGGCGCAUGAAUGCCUUGGAGAGGCACUAAGACUCCUCCGCCAGGUGAUUAACAAAUAUCCCUUGCUCAAUACUGUGGAAACUUUGACUGCAGCUGGGACUCUCAUCUCCAAGGUUAAAGGUUUCCACUAUGAAGCAAGUAUUGAAAAUGAGAAGCGAGAUUUUGAGAAGGCUCUGGAGAGCAUGGCUGUAUGCUUCAGCAGCACAAUCUCAGAAUUCCUUAUGGGGGAAGUGGACAUCAGCACAUUGUUAUCGCUACCACCAGGAGACCAAAGCCAGUCUAUGGAAAGCUUGUAUGGUGGUCUGUCUGGUAGUGAUAAUGCACUCUCCAGUGCGGAGUAUGUGGACACUGGAAGCCCUUUUGACGAUGUGGACGUACUCCUACAGAGGAGUGAAGGAGGUGUCCGAGCUGCUUUGCUUUAUGCAAAAAACUUAGCAAAGUACAUGAAGGAUUUGACGAGCUAUAUAGAGAAAAGGACAAUUCUGGAGAUGGAAUAUGCCAAGGGGCUUCAGAAACUGGUGAACACAUCAAAAAAUGCCCUGACUCAAGAGCAAUGCAUGCCUUUCCAGUCCAUCUAUUCUGUAGCUUUGGAGCAGGAUCAGGACCACGCACAUGGUGUCCUGCACACAUCACUGACGCUGCAACAGCAAACGUUUCUGCAGCCAGUGAACAUGCGGCGUUUGGAACAUGAGAAACGUAGAAAGGAACUGAAAGAGCAGUGGCAGAGAGCCCAACGCAAACUGUUGGAGGCAGAAACGAACCUGCGGAAAGCAAAACAGACAUACAUGCAACGCAGUGAAGAGCAUGAGAAGGCACAAUACAUCGCAGCACGUGCUGAAGAAGAGCAGAGUCACAGUGGAACAAAAUCCAUUGACAAGAAAAGGCGGACAGAGGAAGAAGCAAAGAACAGGGCUGAAGAAGCAAUGGCAACUUAUCGAACAUGCAUUGCAGAUGCCAAGACACAGAAACAGGAACUGGAGGAUGUGAAAGUCAAUGUUCUCCAGCAACUGCAAGAGAUCAUCAAACAGACUGACCAAAUCUUGCGCUCGGCCACCAUCUCUUAUUAUCAGAGCAUGCACAUGGAAACAGCACCGUUACCAGUUGGGUUCCAGACAUUAUGUGAGAGCAGUAAAUUGUACGACCUGGGACAACAGUAUGCAUCGUAUGUUAGACAACUUGGAGCUGGAGCAGAACCUGAAAUUUCUUAUGACUUCCAGCCAUAUACACCACAAAUAUCAGCGACACCAUGCAUCCGAAACAGAAAGUCAAGUUGGAGCUCAAAGGAUUGUCCAUCUACAGAAAAUAAAGACAUUACAGGAGAAGACCGUACCGUGGAGAGGAGAGGAGGAAAAGGCCAUCAAGUGCAUAAGUCAUGGCCUAGUGCUCUGACUGAUAGAGAUCUGACUGGAAGCAAGGAAUCAGCAGGUACUAAACAUGGUUUCCAGGAAAAUCUGAUACAGCCUAUUUCACCCACAGGAGAUGGUGAAAACAAAAGACUGGCUUCACUAGAGCAAGACAUUAAUGGGCUGCCUUCUUCCUUGGAGGUACCUCACUCCAGUGGUCCAUUCCGUAAUGUUGGCUUAUCCCGGGCAGCUCGUACUCACAGGCUACGGAAAUUGCGGACACCAAGCAAAUGUCGGGAGUGUAACAGUUAUGUGUAUUUUCAAGGAGCUGAAUGUGAGGAGUGUUCCCUUGCUUGUCACAAGAAAUGUUUGGAAACUCUGGCAAUACAGUGUGGUCACAAGAAAUUGCAAGGUCGAUUACUUUUGUUUGGCAGGAACUUCUCAGACGCAGCGUUGAGAUCUCCAGAUCACGUGCCUUUCCUUAUUGGCAAGUGUGUUUCAGAGAUAGAAGCACGUGCGCUAACCAUGAAGGGUAUAUAUCGUGUGAAUGGGGUAAAGACUCGUGUGGAGAAGUUGUGCCAGGCAUUUGAAAAUGGGAAGGAGUUAGUUGAACUUUCUCAAGCCUCACCACAUGAUCUGAGCAAUGUCCUGAAGCUCUAUCUUCGCCAGCUCCCUGAGCCUCUAAUGCCCUUCCGGCUCUAUAAUGGUUUGAUGGGUCUUGCAAAAGAAAGUCUUCGUGAUGGUGAAACCGGCAAAGCAUCCAGACUAGAGGACAAAGGUGCGGAAACGGAACCAGAGGUACUGGCUAUGGUGGAGAGACUGAAAGAACUGCUACAGGACCUGCCCUUUGAAAACAGGGUCACAUUGCAGUAUUUGGUAAAGCAUUUGUGCAGAGUUUCAGAACAAGAACAAAUCAAUAAAAUGAGCCCUAGCAACCUAGGCAUCGUUUUUGGGCCUGCACUGAUGCGACCACGUCCUACAGAUGCUACCGUUUCUCUGUCAUCUCUUGUGGAUUAUCCUCACCAAGCACGAAUUGUGGAAGCACUUAUUGUCUUCUUUGACAAGAUCUUCCAGGAGUCUCCUUUAUCCAUGGAUAAGCUAUUGAGGACUAAUGAUGAUGACUCUUCACAAGGAAGUGUUCCCAAACUUCAAGUCACUGUGGAAGAAGAGGUACCUGAAGUUGUAACUGAAUUCCAGUCUACAGUGUUUAGAGCAUCAGUUGGAUCAUCUGUUGAUUCCGAAUCUGAGUCAGAUGGUGGAGAAGACCUCCCUAGCACAUGGGAAACCAUAGACCCGCGUGUUCCAUUUUCGAAACAGCCUAUUGAGGCCAGCACCGAUGACAUCCCUUACAUUGGAGUAGAUGCACAAUCUGAGUCUGAGGAAGAUAACGCUCCAAGUCAAGGAAAUCUAGCUGAAAAUAACACAAAUCAGUCUAACAAUGUACUAUCAACCGCUCAAUUUCUGAGGACCCCUCUGCAAUGCUAUCGUCCUCUUCCUGUGGUCCGUGUGCUGCAAGGAAGAAUUGCAUUGAGCACUUCUACUGACCGUUGCCCACGGUUUGUAUAAGCGACUACAACCUCCUUUGGAAUUUUCCAUUCAAAGUGCCUUGCAAAGCGAAUAUUCAUAAAGUGGUAGAGAUCAAAGUGAUUCUUAAUAAAAGCAGGAGCUUUCAGCUUUGUGUGUACUGGAAAUAGGCAUCAGGCUAUGCAUCCUGAAUAGCAAUGGUACAAGCGAACGGACUGCUUUCUAACAGCAGCUGGGCAGAGACUGAAAGGGAUUGUGCAUUUGUGUGUGAAGAUUAUAAAUCUAUUAACGUGUGUAAUUGCUGAGAAGUCGUCACUUUUUUCCUUAAAGAAAUAAACUAAAACAGUUUUGUCAAAA